UUGGAUGUUAAGAUAAAAUAACUGGUCCAAAUAAAAUUUCCCGUUCCUCUUCAAUCCACCCUUUUGAAUCAGCCACGUGUCCGGAUAACUUCCGCUGGUGUCACUCUUCCCCCAAUCCAAAGCCUCCUCCACCAUUCUCCCACCAUUGGCGUUGUUGGAAAGCACGUGAUCGUAUAAUCCCUCACUCUGCAGAAAACCGAAACUCACAGAUCGAUCAUAUCCUCCGCCUCUCUCUCUCUCUCUCUCUCUCUUGCUAUGUUCACCCUCUCCGCGACGCCAUCCACCACAUUCCUCUCGCCUAGGGUUUCGCCGUCGUCCCUUUCCUCCUCCUCCCCCUCCGCUGCUUCUUGUUCGUCACUGUCGUCGUCUUCUCAGCUGUGCUUGGUGUCUGUGAGACGGCAGAGCUCUGCCUGUCCUUGCUUGUUUUCCUCCUUGAAGGUCAGUGCCAUGGCCGAACUGGUGAAGGACACGGAGUCGUCGUCCUUGUCGCCCAUUCAGAGUGCAGAGAGGACGGAGACUAACCAUUCUCGCACCUUUCUCAAUGCGACCACUGAACAAGAGCUGUUGUCUGUAAUAAGGAAGGAAACAGAAGCUGGCAGGCUUCCCUCAACUAUUGCGUCACGAAUGGAAGAAUUAUAUCAGAAUUAUAAAAAUGCUUCCUAUGCUAUAAUUAUUCAGAUUCUUCAAAGUGGAAAUCCCAAGGCAGAUAAGAUUGUGUUGUCAAAUAUGACUGCUGUAUUGGAUCGUGUAUUCUUGGAUAUAGAGGACCCAUUUGUCUUCUCACCAUAUCACAAAGCAAUGCGAGUGCCUUUUGAUUACUACAUGUUUGGUCAAUACUAUAUCCGUCCUUUAGUUGAUUUCAGAAACUCAUAUGUUGGCAAUCUUUCCAUUUUCUAUGAAAUUGAAGAGAAGCUUCAUCAGGGUCACAACAUUUUUUUGAUAUCAAACCACCAAACUGAAGCAGAUCCAGCUGUCAUUGCCUUGUUGCUUGAAUCAACAAACCGACAUCUUGCUGAGAAAAUGUUUUUAGACUUGGUACUACAGACCUACAUAGCAGGAGAUAGGGUUGUGACAGAUCCUCUUUGUAAGCCUUUCAGCAUGGGGAGGAAUCUGAUAUGUGUGUACUCCAAAAAGCACAUGAAUGAUGAUCCUGAGCUUGCUGAUAUGAAAAGAAAAGCAAACACCCGGAGUUUGAAGGAAAUGGCAUUGCUAUUGAGGGGCGGAUCACAAAUUGUAUGGAUUGCACCUAGUGGUGGAAGGGACCGGCCAGAUCCUGCAACAGGAGAGUGGUACCCAGCACCUUUUGAUGCUGCUUCACUGGACAAUCUGAGAAGGCUUGGUGAACAUUCUGCUGCUCCAGGGCAUAUAUAUCCCUUAGCAUUAUUGUGUCACAACAUCAUGCCUCCUCCACCCCAGGUAGAAAAAGAAAUUGGAGAAAAGAGAAUGAUCUCCUUCCAUGGUACUGGAUUAUCAGUUGCACCAAAAAUCACCUUCUCUGAUAUUACUGCUUCCUGUCAAAAUUCUGAAGAGGCUAGGGAGGUUUACGCACAGGCUCUGUAUGAUAUUGUUACUGAACAGUACAAUGUGCUCAAAUCUGCUAUACAUUAUGAACAAGGACUAAACGCAUCCACUCCAAAUAUUUCUUUGUCCCAACCAUGGAGUUAGUCCGUCUUUAAGCAGAUUGCCUUCCUACUUUGCUUUCAUAAUCAGGUUAGGACCUUACCUUAAUUUUGAAACUCCCGACCGAAGGUUGACUGGGAACUUCAACACAAGUAUGCACUGUGCCAACAAGAUCUAAUUGAAGCUGAUGAUCAAUGUAAGCUCAAAACCAUCUGGAAUUGAUGGAUUCUUUUUGUGCAUAUGGUUUUUCAGCAAGAGCUGAAUUCUUCUGGAAACGAAGCUAUCUCGCAAGGGUUCAGUUUUAGGUGUAUACUGUACAGAUGAAGCCAGUUGUUGACUAGCCAUGUAAAUCGAAUCCCAAUUCGUUUCUAGUAAUAGAUGUUACAAUCAAUUUCUUUUCUCUAACACCUGAGAGAAGUCUUAAAUUUUAUGGCAGUAACUACUUGAAUGCGAAGGAUCUAGGGUUGCCCCUCCUAGCAGCCAAAGCUUCAACAUCUCUUUCCUCAAUGACGAAAGUAACAUGAGAAAGAAAACACAUACCCUAUCACGGUUUAUUUUGUUCAGAAAAAAAAAAAAAAAAAAAAACAAA